AUGCACGAGUGGAUCGCAAAAUAUGGCAAAGUAUUCGGCAUCUACAUGGGCGACAAACCCCACAUGGUCCUCACCGAUACCGAUAUGAUCAAGGAGUGCUUCAUCAAGCCAUCGAAAAUUUUCCAGGACAGACCAAUGUUCUUCAUUGAUGCUGAACCGUUUUCUAGCGCGCUGACUUUCUUAAAAGGCGAGAAGUGGCGAGAACUGAGGUCGCUUUUCAACACGUGCUUCACGACUAGCAAAGUCAAGGACCUCUUUAGCGCCGUCGACGUGUGCACGACGGAGUUCGUGAAGAAGAUGGACGCUCUCAGCCGAAGCGGGGACCCAAUCGACGUUUAUCACAACGCGCACUGCCUCACGCUGGACACCCUCGCGAAGACGGUCUUAACUUGGCAGGUGAACUUUCAAAUGGACGAGGAUAACCCCACAGUCUCCAGGCUCUGCACAGUAUUCCAACAAAUGGACGAAACGGCCAUAGAGAGCUUUUUUGCCUUCCCAUUAUUGCGCGCGGCGCUCCGAUGCGUCUAUCCGUUCUCAGACUUUUGCAGGAACAUGAGGGAAGUCUCAAACGAUGUGCUUAAAAUUUUGAACUGGCGAAGAAGUCCGAAGGCACCACGAGAGAAAGAUGUGCUUCAGUACCUGAUCGACCUCCAAACGGCAAACGAAGGCGCCACAGAAAAAACGAGGAGAUACGCACGUGCCCUUAACGACAGCACCCUGUUGUCAAAUAUUAUCAUGUUGUUAGCCGUUGGCUUCGAUAGUACCUCUUCUUCGCUGGCUUUCGUGUUCUACUUGCUGGCAAAACACCCAGAAGAACAAGAAAAGAUUCGCGCCGAGGUGGUGGCAAAAAUGGAAUGCUUAAAAGCUGCAAAAAUAGACCGCGUCAAUGACCAAAGUACUGCGUCAGACCAACAGGAACCAGAAAAGCCAGAUAUAAUCAAAAUGCUUCACAAGAACAACGCUUCUCAGUUCUACGAAACGGACAAAAGCCACCAAAAGCCACAGGGGCAAAUGCAGUCUAACGCAAGUGAUGCAACGCGCCGGGACGACACAGUCACAGGAAAUGCGAACAUUGAAGAAACGCUCCAGGAGUGUACUCUCGAAGCAGACGACAUACUAACCCUCGAGCGUCUGGACAUGGUUGUACGCGAGGGACUACGGCUUUACCCCGCACUGCCUGUCAUGAUCUUGCGCGAGUGCGCCCAGGACACGACAGUCUUGGGUCACUAUAUUCCCCGUGGGACAACGGUCGUCGCUCCCCCUUGGCACAUCCACAGAGAUCCGAAGAUAUGGAGUGAUCCGGACGAAUUCAUUCCUGACAGGUUCGCGAAGAGAGAGCAAAGCACCCUGUCUUCUAUGUAUUUUCCCUUCGGCCUCGGAUCACACAUUUGCCUCGGCCAAAGACUAGCUAUGCUGAUGAUGAAAACUGUGCUGUACAAAACGAUUUAUGCGUUUGAGCUGAGCUUGAGUGCAGAGGAGUCAGGCCCAAUGAAAGUGAAAGUACCGGGCCUCUUACUAAAUCCUGUUGACCCAUUGCGGCUUCAAUUUAAGCGUAGGUCAGGUGCACGCAAAAAGUUGAUUUAAUUCGGAUAUGGUUCACCUGUUUCUCACUUCCUGUUCUCUCAAAACCAUCACCGCCAAAAUAAAUCAGCUCGGAAAGUAUCACUUGCAUUCUUUGUGUAACUUAACAAUUCCUUUAACCAACUUGAACUAUGACGAGGAAAAAGUGUACGUUCAAUGCAAAAUUUUCUGAGAACGCAAAGAUGGUUGAACAUCGUAACUGUAUCCUGACUAGGGUAGCCAUAUACGGAGUCCACAAACCAAUUCUUCGCUAUGUCGACCAUAGUGCUGGCACGCUGUCCCCUUGCCGAUAGCUCAGUUAAAUUCUUUGAACCCUCGUGCCUUUCAUAAGAGUUCGUUUGAGCACAAUUUGCGAGCCCUCUCGAAUGCUGUCGUCGUGGUGUCACACUUGAGCUGGUCCCAGCAUAAUAAUAAAAUUCAUGCCAAGGUAUCUAGGUCAAUCUGUGCGCUCUACAAAAUUAGAAACCUUGUUCCCAAAUGGCUGAAAUGGCAGUUAUAUCACACAAUAAUACAUUGUCAUCUUUACUAUUGUAUAGUGAUACGGGGGUCUACAACCAAAACCAAUCUCAUGAGCUUGAAACAUUAGUGAAAAACGAUACGAUAUGUCGAAAAUCUCGGACAACGACCCUACCGGUUUGUACUUUUUCGAACACUCUGUUCUAAAUGUGAAUCAAUUAUAUUAGUUUAAAUUGCUUUCUUACGUCUAUAACGAAAGCAAGCUCGAUCCUUAUAAAUAUCUUGAAUUGCACUCUAGUAGUAAUGUGCCUUACAAAUUAAGGCACGACCAUUACAGAACUCCACUUGUGAGGACCUACUACGGAACCCAAAUGCUCUCACACCUAAUUCCCAGUCUUCUCAAUAGACACACACAGGUCAUAGAAAUUAUUCAGAAAUUCGUGUCCCUGCACUGUUUCAAAAAGAAUGUUAAAGCUUACCUCCUUUCCUGUCCUAACAUUCAAUAGGUUGUGUAUACAGAAUGUUUUAUGAUCCUAGCGUUCCUUAUAUGUACGAAUUUUCCUCUAAGAUUGUAUUUAGGAUUCUAAUUUUAAGAUUUUCCUUUAAGCUUGUACCUUGUUCGGUUUUUUACUUUGUAUAAAACUGUGUUGUGUAUGUGACGGUAGUGUAUUAUGUUCUUUCUGUUUCCACAGGG